AUGGAGUCAGUCAACGGCAGUUUGGGAAACCUUUCGACCAUCAUCAUCGGGAAUAUCUUUCCCAUGGUCCAGAAUGCCUGCAAGUUCGAUUGGCAUGAGCAGGGACUGUACAUCUUGUCGUGGCUUCAGCAGCUGAAAAUGUCCCUCCCCUCAUCGCUGCAUCAGCUGAGGACAUCCUCUCAGCUGUCCCUCUUGCUGAGUCCUUACGCCGCCCUCCUGGGCACCACCCUCUUGGUCUGGUAUGUCGGAACCAGCGUAGCUGCGUGGAUUCGACUACGUCAUUUCCCGGCCGCCUCUUGGCUGGCAAACUUCUCGUACCUCUGGCUGGCCAAGACGACAUACAGCGGCAGGCAGUAUUGGGUGCACCGGGACCUGAACCGCAAGCACAAGAGCCCUCUCGUGCGCAUCGGGCCCAACGAGCUCAUCACCGACGACCCUGACAUCAUCCGGCGCGUCAGCGCGGCGCGGAGCGGCUACGUGCGCGACACUUGGUACAUCACUGGCCGCUUCAACCCCUACCACGACAACAUGUUCACGGUGCUGGAGCCCAAGGCGCACAAGCAGUUCAAGUCGCGCACCAUGCACGCCUACAGCGGCCGCGAGCUGCCCGACUUUGAGGCCGGCAUCGACGAGCAGGUCCAGAUGCUCGUGGACACGCUGCAGCGCAAAUACGCCGCCCCUGCCAAGCCGACCGCCAAGGGUCGUCAAGGUGCCCUGCUCGAUCUCGGGCCGAUCUCGUGCUACUUCACCAUGGACGUCAUCACGCGGCUGGGAUUCGGGCAGGAGUUUGGCUACCUGCAGUCCGAAACGGACCUGUACAACUUCCUUGGGGGCGUAAAGGAUCUGUGGCCCCGCAUGUCCACGUCGGCAGACGUACCUUGGAUCCGCAAGGUCCUGUUCUCCAAGUUCUUUCUGAAAAUUAUCGGCCCCGGGCCAAAGGACAAGAACGGCUUUGGCGCCUUGAUGGCGGUGGCUGAACACCACGUUGGCAAGCGUUUCCACGAAGGCGCUGACUCGAAGAAGGACAUGCUUAGCUCCUUUAUCCACCACGGCCUCAACCAGACAGAAUGCGAGGUGGAGGGUCUCUUCAUGGUCGUGGCGGGUACCGAAAGCACUGCCUCGGCCAUAAGGUGCGUGCUGGUGCACACCAUGUCGACGCCAGAGGUGUACAUGCAGCUCAAGGCCGAGAUCGCCAGCGCGGUGCGCUCCGGCGCAGCCUCGUCCCCCAUCAUCAAGAACGAGGAGGCGGUGCGCCUGCCGGUGCUGCAGGCCGUCAUCUACGAGGGUCUGCGCAUGCGGCCGCCGCUGCUGGGCCUGCUGCCCAAAGUGGUCCCCGAGGGCGGGGACACGCUGGCCGGCCACCACGUACCCGCCGGCACCGCCGUCUGCACCAACACCUCGUCGCUGCUGCGAUCUGAAGCCCUCUUUGGUCCCGAUCCGGACGUGUUUCGCCCCGCCCGCUUCCUAGACCUGCAGGACCCCGAGGCGCGCGCAGCCAUGCAGCGCAACGUCGAGCUUGCCUUUGGGUCUGGCCAGUGGCAGUGCGUGGGCAAGACCAUCGCCUUUAUGGAGCUUCACAAGGUCGUCUUUGAGCUCUUCCGCCGGUUUGACCUGCAGCUGGUCCGCCCCCUGAAGCCCUGCGACGUCCUUAGCUAUGGGGUUUUCCUUGAAUCAAACUUGAUGGUCAGGGUGACAGAGGCGGCUUAG